AUGCAGUACAAGUCGCUCGCCUUCCUCCUCCUCUCAGCCACAGCUCUGGCCUCUCCAGCACCUCAAGCUUCAGGCACAGAUGAUAUGGAUGAAAUCCCCAACUCCAUCCUCGUAGCCCUCCAAACCGCCAUCCCAAGCUCCGUCUUGGCCGAGAUCAUGACAGACCCUGGAUACGUCAACUCCGCCAUCUCCAACGCUAUCAUCUCAAGUGUCUACCCCGACUGGUACUCAAAUGUUCCCGAGAGCGCGAAGCCAUACAUCACCUCAGCUCUCAUGGAAGAGUCGCCUACAGCUUACUCUUCCGCCGUCGCUGCCGCUACAUCUAGCAUCAGUGGCUCUGCCUCUGGCUCUAGCACCCCAUCGAUGACUUCCAGCGGUGCUUCUAGCACUGGGGUUACUACCUCCACUAUUACUUCCACCGAGUCCUCUUCUACUGCUGACAGCUCCGACUCGGCUUCCUCUUCGUCUGCUUCUGGCUCUGCUUCUUCAUCUACCUCUGACGGUGGUGCUGCUCCCACCGGCGUUGCUAUGGGCUUCGCUGCUGGUGCCGGUGUCCUUGGACUUGCGCUUGCCCUAUAA